AUGGAAAUUAAAGAAAAUUCAGCUGAAGAUGAAGGUGAGCAUUUUUUCUUCAGAAGAUCACGUGAUUUUUAAGUUUUGAUUCAAAAAUCGUUCCGAGAAAUUCAUGUCUAAUAUUUCAUUAUUAUAUUUUAGACUUCAAUUUUCAAAGCCCAAAUUUUGUGCAUUUGAAAUCUAAAAUUGUAUGUCUUGAGAAUCAAGAAAUGUUCAAAAUUAUAUAUUUGAGAAAAAAAUUGAAAUCUUAGAGCCGCCUUUUUUUCAGAAUGUUUCUGCUCAAAAUUUUUUUGAAAUUUUGGAGCUGUUAAUUCCAGAAUUCAAAUUUUCUACAAUACUACAGAAACCCUAGUUUUAUUCAAAAAUUCAGAUUUUUCCCAUUUUUGAAACCAUAAAAACUCUGUGGGUAGCACGAACAAAAUUAAACAAAAAUCAUUCCCGUUCUGCCAAAUUGAACAUCUAAAUACAAAAUGUUUGUAGUUUAAGACCAAGAAUGUGAGUGUGAAAUAUAUGAGAUUUAGACAGAAGAUCAUAAAACUUAAGUGAUGAAAACAUGUUUUUCAUCUAAUUGUAAACCAAAGAUUUAUAGGUCUAGAAAAUUAGAAUUUAUCUCUGAACAUCUGAUAUUUUUGUUCUAUCAAAUCAAAAAUCCUUCAAAAAAUUCGUCAAAUUCGCUCCUUAUCUUUAUUCUUCUUAUUCUUCAUACUUUCUCCGUUACAUUCAUUUUUUUCGUCAUUCAUUCAUUUUUUCACAUGUUUGUACAAUAUUUAUUUCUUCUUCCUUUCGAAAAAAGUAUAUUGUUGAUUUUUUGCAUGUCAAUAAAUAGACAAACAAAUUCAUGCAUGGGAAGAAAAUUUAAUUUUUUUUUGGUUUCAGGAGAAAACUUUGUGGGGUUUUUACCCAAAAAUAAUUAUAAUAGAUUUUUUGGGCUGGCCAGCCGGAAUACAAAAAAUAUAAGCGGCUUACAUUGAUUUUUGUGUUUUUUCUUCGCAUUCUCUUCAACAUGCCGUGUAUAAAUUGUUUGAACAAACAAAAGUUUUCAAUUUUUUUAAAUUUUUCCACACUGGUUUUCAGAUUUUCCAAUGAAUUUCAUAAUUUCUUGAAAAAUCAGAGACAUAUGUGAACACUUUGCGGUUGUUCUCUCUGUCGAGAUAAAAGCACAGCGGUUUUUUUUUUGCAAAAGCGAAAAAAAUGUAAAAUUUUUAUAGUUUUUGCGAUUGGAGAAAAUUAUAACAAAAUUUCUUUUCGGCAUGAAAAAAAAUCAUUUUUUUUGUAGAAGACCAGACGCCAUUGUCAACGAAAUGUAUGACAUUUGAUUUUGAAGAUUUAGAAGCGAUUCGAAAAACGAGGUGAGUUUAUUUUGAAAGAAAAACCUGAAUUGUUCUCAUCGAAAAGUCCAUUUAAAAAUCAAAUAGAAUGAAUCAUUGUUCGGAUUUCCAAAGUGUAUUUAAAAUAUAUAAUCAAAUGGUCUAAUAUGACUGUUUCUAUUUUCAAAUAAAUUAGCUCUACCAAAACACAACUGACUUUUUUUUACAUUAUUUUUUUCAAAUCUCAAAACCUACAUUCUUCAUUAAUAUUUGCUCACAAGUCUGAUCUGAUCAGAUAUAAAGUGGUUCCGAAAAAAUAUCCAUUUUUCUUGUAAACAGAUUAUUCUUAUCACAAGUUCAUUUCAUUUUUCUUCACUUUUUUAACUGUCCUCCCCCACAUACAAACACUCUUUUUUAUUUUCUGAUAUCACUCACAUAACAGUUUUUGUUCUAACAAAACAGUUGUGAGAAAAAUUUUUUUUUCAUUCGAUUCGAAAUUUUUAAUAUCAAAAAGAAAAUCUCAUUUUUUUGCGUCAGAGACAGUUUUUUGUCGCUUAUCAUCAAACAUAUUAAAUUCGUUUUGUAGUCAAAAGCUUAUAUUGUUUGUUCUGUGAAAUUUGAACGAAAAAUGAAAAUUUUUUUUAAAUUAGAACUUUAUUGAAAAAUAAAAGACGUGGCAAAACGUGACACGUUUUUCAUUUCAAGAUUUUCGCCAAUUGUUUUUUUUUUUUUUUUUGAAAAAUUUAUGAGCUCAAAUUUUGUGAUGAUUUCGUGAAAUGUUCUCAAGAACGAUCCAAAUUUCUGGCAUUAUUUUGUUAUAAAUUUCAGAACUUUUAGUCCCAAUUUGAAUUUCCAAAAAGUGAAUUCAACAAAAUGGUUCCAAUAUGAAAAAAGGCCAUAACUUUGAUAUAAAAAAUGCUCAUCUUCCGCUCCGAAAAAUCCACGUUUUUAGAAAACGCUAAUUCACACAUUUUUCCAUUCUUAAUUUUUGCAGACAAUCAGAUAAAAAACUAAACAAACACUAAAAAAAGCAACAUUUUGCUUCUUAUCAGCUUCUUCUUUCUUUUGUUUAAAUCAGCCUCUAAUUCAAUUUUGAUUUCAAACUUUCUCAAAAUUUCUGUUCAAUUAUUGAGAAAAAUCCAGUUUUCCACCAUCAAAAUCAAAAUUUUCUCAUGUGUUGGUUAACUUUUUGCAUAAAAUUAUAUCAAUAAAAAAUAAAAUCAUUUUUUUUCGCUGUUAUUGAUAACGAUCAAUAUUUUCAUAUUCUCUGUCUGUUUUUUAUAUGUCUCAAAAAAAUUCGUUUUUUUUUCCUUUUUUUUUCAAAAACGAAAAAAUUCUCCUAAACUCGAUUUUAUCUUUUCAUCAUCUUUCGUAUUGUUUUCCCUCUCCAACACUUUUCCCCAAUUUUUUGUUCGAUUUUAAGACAACAAAAAAUUUCAGACAAAAAUCUGAAAUUUUUUAGAAAAAUUUAUGGAUUAUGACUAUAGGCGACGGGUUCUUGAACGAAAUAAUGGGUGAGUUUUGUAACAAAAAAUAAAGUUUUGGAAGCAAAGGCUAGAAAAAUUCUGAAUCAUCGCUGACUGUUUUUAUUUUUUGAAAGGGGUUUUUUGUUUGACAACGAAAAAUAGGGAAAAAAUCAUUUUUUGUGUGCUUCUUUCUCUGUUCUCAUCACACAUCAUUUUUAUUAUUCUGAAUCUAAAUUUAAUUUAAAUGUGAAAAACAAUGAGUUCUAAAAAUGAAGAGACAAGGAGGAAAAGGUUUUUCCACAUUUAUUUUCGAAUGAAAAUUUGGAUUUUUUAGCAUGGCAUUUCCUAGUCGAAAACUAACAAUGGCUGGAAGUGUGGAUCAGGGAAACACGUCAGUUUUGCAUAUCGGAGAUACGAUUUCAUUAUAUACAGAAUCAGCAACAAAACCAGAUCAGAGAGGAUUUUUGUCGACGUUGGGGUGAGUCAAAAAAAUAUCGAACUCAGAAAGUUUGAGCUUUGUCUCGGAAAUCUUAAAUAUUAGGUUACCUUACCAACUCUGAUGGUUUUUCUAGAUCAAAAAUAUGAAUCACAAAAAUUUUUGUGAAAUUAGUGUUUUUCAUAUCCGAAAAAAAAUUUAAGCAAGAAUCAACUUUUCCAGUCUUGUCGAUGAUCGAUGCAUCGUUGAACUCGGCGAAGGUCGGCCAGAUUGUCCUCCAAAAAAGUUCCGCGAUUGUCUCUUUAAAAUAUGCCCCGUAAAUCGAUACGCGGCUCAAAAACAUUUGUGGACUGAACAAAAACGAUAUCAAACUGGUGAUUCGAUGUUCGAUGAUGAUAUGAUGAAUAAAUUGAGAGUUGCUGCCGAUAAAGAGAAAGAGGAAAACAAUUCGGAAUUUGAGAAGAGAAUGGGAAAAUCAUUGACAUAUGGUGAUACUGUACAAUUGUUACAUGUGAAAUCGAAUAAAUAUUUGACUGUGCAGAAAAAUUCGCCAGCUAAGAGAGAAAGAAAUGCAAUGAAGGUGAGCAUUUUCCACUCAUAAUUUCUCAAAAAAUGAAUUUUCGAAAAAAGAUCAAUCAAAACUCUAAAACAGUAGAUAAACAACCGUAGUAUCUUUUUCUCUAGGAUUUACAUUCUGCUAAAACUUAUAGAAGAGUAAGUUAGUGUAUCUUCUCAAUAACAAAAGUUCUAACAACUUCUUUUCAUUGCAACAAUAUAGUUUUAGGUCUAUCUUGAUCGUGCUGGAAAUGAAGGCAGCAGUUUUGUCAUCGAUCCUGCUUACAAACACAAUAAAGCUGGAGAUCAUGUAAGCGCUGGCGAUAAAAUAUCAUUGAUUCCAAUGGCAGUCACAACAAAUCAAUCAAGUCAUUGUAAACCACAACUUCAUUUGUCAAAUUUGAAACUUCUUGAUCGUGAAACAGCGGCCGAAGUGAAUUGUUUGAAUGAGCCAACAGAAUGGCAGGUUUUUAUGUUUUUAUUGUACAAUGAAAAUCAAGCAGAUGCUGUGAAAUCAGGAGAUGUUGUUCGAUUAUUCCACGCUGAUCAACAAACAUUCCUGACUCUCGACACAAUUCCUAAACAAAAUCCACCUAAAGAUGUUGUAUUUCUUCGAAUGACAAAUCGUCCAUCGGCAGCCGAUGCAACAAGUUCUCGAGCACUUUGGGAAGUUCAAGUUGUUCAAACUCAUGCGUAUCGCGGAGGAACUGCGAAAUGGAACAAAUCAUUCCGAUUCAAACAUUUGGCAACUGAUAUGUAUUUGACGGUUGACAAAACAACUCAAGUCGCUGUGAAACCAGGAAUGAAUGGAAGACGUGCGAGUUUGAUUUAUUCAAAGUGAGCAAGUUUUUGAAAGAACUAGAAACAUUUUCAGCCCCACUAUUACCUCAAAGAUCAUCAAAAGGUUAUAAUGAGCGGUUGGUUUUUGAGUGUGAAUGAGUUUGAGUUUGAGUUUCACUAAACUUUCUAACUACUGUAUUUAUCUAUCUUUUAUGUUGAUAUAAUCUAUAACAUCUUUCUCAUUUGAGAAAUCUUUCUGAAUUUUUUGUUUCUAUGCACAAUUCAGCAUGAAAUCUAGGCUGAUUUCAGUAGAAAUUCUACAAGUCUUUUCUAUCUACCAGCUUCAUGUUAUCAUUAUUUGAAUAACUCUUCUUCUUUCAGAACUAGCAGUCCGUUAUACGGUGAUCCGCCCGAAAACAUCGAUGCCAUAGAUCCGGCCAACAUUACAUACUUUCUCGGUCCAGCAAAAACCGAUUUUCCGGAAAGCACCAAAGAUUUCAAUUUUGAACUUGAUCCAGUCACAGUUACAAAACCGACCAAAGAUGUUCAACCUCGAUCUUAUGCAAGACUUCUACAUUAUAAUACAAACACUUGGGUUCACGCAACAAAUCCGACCGAAAAACAAAAUCUACAUUUCAGUAGUAAAAAUGAAAAAGGUUGGGUGAAAGUAAUCGGAGAGGCAACUCGAAUUGACAAAGAAGCUUUCUGUUUUCUUCCUGUCACACCAGAUGAAGUUCGAGAUUUGGAUUUUGCAAAUGAUGCAUGUCGUGCACUUCGAAGUUUUAUAAAAUUGAUCAAAAGUGGAUCUGUUAUUUCAAAAGAGUCAUUAAAGUAAGCUGCUUUUUCAAUAAAAAUAAAAAGAGAACCGUGUUUCAGUGUAACAACUCAACUUCUAAUCGAAUGUAUUUUAUUUGUCACCAACACUUCUGAUCAUAUUGCUGAUCCUUUGAAAAUCACAGAUUUCUCACCAUCUCGUGAUCGUCAAAAACUACUUCGAGAACAAGAAGUAUUAGAUCAAGUAUUUCUUUUGCUCAAAGCUCCAUUUUUACCACGUCAAGGUUGCACAGAAAUUGCUCCACUUCUAAGUUCUCCAUCUGAACUCAGUGAUACAAGAAAUGAAGUAUUCAAGACAAUGUUCCAACUAUGUUAUUGUUUGCUCAAAUAUUCACAAGUCAAUUAUCGGAAAAAUCAAGAAUUUUUGGCUGAAAAAUUCGGGCAAAUUCAAGAACAGAUUGGAUUUGAUUUGAUGGCUGAAGAUACGAUGACUGCAGUUUUACAUAAUAAUCCAAAAUUAUUGGAAAAAUAUGUGAAAACACCGCAUGUUGAACGAUUUGUUGAGCUUGUUAGGAAUAAUCGACAGGGAAAGUGAGUAUUUUCCGGGAGAGUUAGGGAAACAAUUUAAAUUUUUUGAAAUACAGAAAUCGCCAAUUUAAGUUGUAAGUUAAGGUCGUUGUUUAGUGAUUUGUGAUCUAUUAGUUUAUAAAAUUUAUCUUAAAUGAACAAAUUUCAAUUCAGAUUCCUCGAUUACUUGGCUGAUCUUUGUGUUUGUCGUGGAGAAGCCAACAAGAAAAUUCAAGAACUUAUUUGUAAUUCAGUUUUAUCUGCAAAACAUCGUGAUAUAUUUAUGGAAACAAGAAUGGGUGCAAAUUACGAGGUUGAAGUUGGAUUCGCCCCGAACUUCAAAAAGCUCAUUGAUAUUUCUGAUGGAUCUAGAGUUAAUCAUGAAGACGCCGAAGCAUUGGAAUACUACAGGUAAGUUUUGGAGGUUUAAUUAGAAUUUUCUCAAUUGAAACAUUUCAGACAUCAACUUGAUCUUCUUUCUCAAAUGUGUCAAGAACAACAAUAUCUAGCCAUUGAUCCACCGCCAGAGCGAAGACUUAUGAAUAUUUCUCACCAACUUCCUGCAGAACUUGUUCUACAAUGUAUGUCGGAUUCAAGACUUCCACACGAUCUUCGUGGAUCUUUUACAAGACUUAUGCUUCAUCUCCACGUUGUUCGAGGAAGUCCGAUGGCUGCGAUUCGACAUGCAAGAUUAUGGUGGAAAAUACCGGAAAAUGUGAAUGUUGAAACUUAUGAAAGUGUAUCCGUGGAAGCGUAUUCCGAUGGAAGCCGAAUGAGAAUUGGGAAUACAAUUGCGCAUAAAGUUUUGACAACUGUUGAUAAUUAUUUGAUGGAUCUUCGGAAAUUAUCAAUGGAAGAAAGACAUAGUGUUGAUUCAAGCAAACUGACUUAUGAAAUUGUGAAUCUUGCAAAAGCAUUGGCUCAGUUCAGUUUUUAUUCAUUCAACGAACUUCUUCAACUCACACAAAAUCUUCUCGCAAUUGUAAAUGAAGUUCCACCCAAUGAACAACCACAUCAUCGACAUACAAUGGUGAAUGCAAUUAGGAAUAUGUCAAAGAAUAUGAUUCGAGGAAACACCAAAGAAAAUCUGAAAGAUCUUCCAAAAGCAGCAUCGUUGUCAACAGAAGAACCCGGGAAAACAAAAGAAGGUCGAGCUCUGAUUGUCAAGACCAAAUUAAUUGUCGCAGAAAUUCUUCAAUUUGUGAUGGAUGUUCGUCGAGAUUAUCGAAUUACAAUGGCUUUGUCUUGGUUCAAAACUCAAUUUCCUUGUGAUGAAGAUGGUUCUUUGAUGCAUUCAGCAAGUAUAAAUGAGAGAAUGGCUUCUGAAUUAUACGACGCAAUUUAUCAUUCAUCUGGACAUGAAUUACAUUUAGAUGGAAGUGAUGGACAUCUUCUUUUAGCGAUUCUUUUACAAAUGACGAUGUCGGAUUUUCCACCGUUGACAAGUAUUGCUUUGAAAGUUAUGUUCCGACAUUUUACACAAUAUCAAGAAUUGUUAGAGGAUUUGAAACAAGUUCAAUUGCUCGUUUCGAAUGAUGAUGUUGAAAAUUAUCGACAAAUUGAUCGCGAUUUAUUCAUUUUGAAGAACUUGACUGAGAAAUCUGAAUUAUGGGUUCACGGAGACAGACAUCAUUCAAUUGAGGCAAAAGAAUUGGAGAAAGAUGAGAAAACUACACCAAAAGAUCUAGAACAACACAAUUUGAAUUCACCAAGAGCUUUUGGAUCAAAAGAUUCAAGAGAUGCAGUUCUUCUUGUGAUCGAUGAAAAUUAUCCAAAUUUGAAAAAUGAGUGUCUCAAACUUUUGAACCGUCUUCUUAUUAAAGAUGAUCGUAAUGAUGCAGCGAUUGCUCUUCAAGAAUUAAGUGACAAAGCUCCACUAAUUGCCUAUCCACUUAUUCGUCAAAUGUUAGUCAGAUUGAAACGAUUAUGUUAUCAAGAAGAAAAACCUGAUACAAUGAAUCAACAAUUAUUGAAAAAUAUGCGAGUUUACGAGGUAGUCUUGAAUUUUAUCAGUGUGCCAUAUGACAAGAAGAAUGAUUCUGAAAUGCCAAAACUUAUCACAUUAUCUCAUGAAUUUUUGCGAAGUUUUUGUCGAGGAAACAAAGAAAAUCAGAGUCGAUUAUACAAAUUUAUAUCGUAUGACAAAGAUGCAAAAGAAGGAAUGUUGCGAGUUGAAACAAUUGAAGAAGUUGGAACACUUGUUUCAAUUUUCAAAAAUAAUCGAGAACUUGCAUCGAAUGUUCCCGAUGAGUUGAUUGCUCAUAUUGUCGGACUGAUUGAGCACAAACAAAGACAUCCAAUUUUCCUAGAACUUCUUCAAUCACUGGUUUGUGUUUAUGAAAAAGAAAUCGAAUCUUGUCAAGAAAAAGUUGUAAAUGAAAUUUGUGCAGCUUCGGAUGAAGUCAGACAAUUAUAUGUUGAUAAUGCAUCCUACGAAGAACUCGAAAAUAUGAUGAAAAAUGCUCCAGCAUACUUGGAUAGUAAUUGUCCGCUCAAAUAUCAUAUAGAGUUGGUUCGACUGAUUGCGAUGUGCACAAAAGGAAAGAAUGGGAGAACUGAAUUACAAUGCGCAUCACAAAUUCCAAUGGAUCAUAUUGUUCAUGUUGUGACAUCAAAAUACUGCUUAGUUGAUGUAAGUUAAACCGGGAUUCAAUGAAAGCGAAACUCUAAUUAUUUGUAGAUCAAAUCUGUCUAUCUUCAACUACUUCUUCAUUGCUACAUUGACACAGAUGCCGAAAUGAAAGAUGCAUACAAAACUGAAUAUGUAGAUUCAAUUCUUUGUAAUAUGCUCGAAGAUAUUCGAAAACUUCGAGCAAAUGAUUUCGCAAGAGAAGCUGAUGCUAUGGCACUUGAACAAUACAUUUGUCAUACUGUGACCGAAGUUAUGAUCAAGUUUUUUGAAGCACCAUAUUCUGCACUACAACAGGCUAAAGUUGAUGUUCAUGUAAGUUUUUAUUGGAGAAUUAUUACAAAUGACAGUUCCGUUCAAAAAAUUAUUAUUAAAAAAAACCGACUCUAUAAAAGUUAUUUUUUAGCAUCACAAGAAAAUAUUCUCGGAAGUUAUUCAAGAAUUGAUACUUUUGGAAAAAGGUGGACAACUUCGAAGUUCUCGAUCAAGUCGAAAUUGGUAUCGUAUUUCGGAAUGUAUCAAACGAUUGACAAAAUGGGCCGAUGAGCACAAUAUCACUCUUCCACCUCAAUUAAACGCUGCUCAAAUCAUAAAUGCAGUUUCAGUUCGACAAAGAUGGGUGAAUGCAGCAAAUUCAACAAAACUUAUUGCUUUAAAUAAAGUGAGUUUUAAGGCUAUUGAGGAAAUAUGUAGAAAAAUAGUAUGAAAGAAAACCAAACACUCUAUAAAUAUAUAUUAAAACUUUGUUCAUAUAGAGUGAAGAUUCAGACUCGGAUGUUUCAACGGUAAACAGUGUGAUUUUAUCUAUCGCUUUGUUAAUAUUUGUUUGAUUUUUUUCAUAAAUUUAUUUCAGCCAAUUAUAACGCUUGUCGUUGAGGUGAGACGUUUUCGUGGUAUCUAGUGUGAAUAUCCUUUCAAAAACUAAAACAAGCAUGACAAUCUAUCUCUUUUGCAGUGAAAACAACUAACCUAUCUUCAUACAUUUUUCAGAGACUAAAUCGUCAAAACUCGUUGAACCCCGGAAGAACAGCGUAUGGAACAUCGACAACAGUAUCAGACACAACUUCAGCAAAUGUUGUCACUUGUUAUCAUAUGAUGAUAGGAGAAUUCAAGUUUUAUCUACAUCCACUUCACGCAGCAGAAGGCAGUGUUCUUGUCGAAGUUCUUCAUACACCAGAACUGUUAUUUGCCGAAGGUUCGAGUUUGCGACUUCAAUGUGCAUCGGGUGGUGUUAUCGCAAAACUUAUUCAACAUUGUAAAACAUUGAUGCAAAAUAAACAAGACAAUCUAUGUUCGAGAGUUUUGCAGACACUUUGUAAAAUGUGUGAUUGUUCGAAACAACAGUUGACCGAACAGGUUAGUUUUUUUCUGAGAAAUUUUGUGGGUAGCUUCGGGUGUCCUCGUCCAGUUCCAUAUUUCAUACAGGUUCAACGUGUAUUUUGUUCGAGUAGCAACAAAAAGGUAUUAGCUUGCCACUUUUAGAUCUAUCGCCACCUUUUUUCUUAUUUCUAAGUUCAAAAAGCUUUGGAAACUCAAUCUGUUUUUUUGCAAAACAAUUUAAAUUUUUAGGGACAUCAACUGCGAAACUCUUUACUCCAAAGAUAUUUUGGAAAACAUAAGAAACAACUCGAUAAACAACAAUCCAAAAUCGAUGAAGCUUUGACAGAUGCUGUAACAAGUCAUCCAGAAAAAAUCGAGAAAGAUAUCAAUGAACGGAAUCUUCAUGACAUUCAGUGUAAAUUGAAUGAUGCAGGAGCAUCCGAUUUAGUAAUCGAUAUCAUAAUUCUGGAUCCGAGUAGAGAGAUAUUCUUGAAAGCUAUUCAUUUGGCAAGAGCUUUGCUUCACGAAGGAAAUGAUAAAGUUCAACAUUCUUUCUAUUAUCGUUUGAAGCAGAAAGAUAUUCACGGCCCAUUUUUCAAAGCCAUCGAAAAUCGUAUCAAAACUGCGCAAAAUCGACUAAAAAGUGAUAUGAUGAGUUGCAACGAUAACAAACCAAAGACAAGUGAGUUUUUUCGAAUUUUUUUUCUGGCAAGAAAACUUCUCUUGAACCGUAACACUAACAUGUCAACCUUACAGCCCUAUCAACAAAUGUCAGUAGAAGAUGUAAGUGAAAAUCAAUGAGUUAUCCCUGUCCAUCCAUUCUGUCCCAAAAAAAUCCCUUAUUUGUUGAAAAAUCAGAGAAAAAUCUAGGUUCUGUACGAAGAAGAUUGACUAGACAAAAGUCAGCAGAUGCGGCUGUCAUGUCUUCAAAUAGACUUUCACCGUACGAAACAACAAAGAAAUAUCGGAGACGAUCCGAAACUACGCGACGUCGACGAUGUGUGAUUUUGCAUGAUUUCUGAAACCAAUAAACUUUCUCGGGAUUCCUUAUUUUCUCCUCUGUCAAUAACCUUUUCUGGGAAAAACAAAUAGGGAUCUUUUUCUGGAAAUAACAAAAGAUUCUUUUAGCAUCGACGGUAGUUGUUCCGAUGGUUGAUGCAGGUGAUUCUGGUUUCAAUGGUGCACUAUUCGAAGUGCCACAAGUUCGACAUCCAUCGAUAUCUGAAGUGUCUCAAAUGAGCCACGAUUUGACACAUUCAGUACCCGACUUGACGCCAUAUCAAGAUGAAGAUCGACAAACUGAUGCGCUUUCGCCAGAAGUUGCUAUGAUUGAACCGAUUCUUCGAGUUCUUCAGCUUCUUUGUGAGAAUCACAACAGUCUUCUGCAGGUAAACUAAAUUGGUAAAACAAAUUAGAAGUAUUUGUUUCAGAACUUCCUCCGCAAACAAUCGGAUCGAACUGGGGUGAACCUCGUUUCAGAAACUCUUAGCUUCCUCGACACUGUUUGCGGUUCUACUAAAGGAAGUCUCGGUGUAUUCGGUGAAAUUGGCGAGCACAACUUCUCGCUGAUCACUCAAACAUUGGCAACACUCACCGAGUUUUGUCAAGGUCCGUGUCAUGAAAAUCAAAAUACAAUGGCUAUGCAAGAAAACGGAUUGAAUAUUAUUAUCUCUCUGGUUUUGAAUGAUAUCAAACCGCUUGCUGAUGAUCAUAUGGAACUCGCAUUGGAAAUCAAGAGUCAGGCAUCAAAGUUGUUGCUAGCAAUUAUGGAAUCGAGACACGAUGGAGAAAAUGCCAAUCGAGUUCUUAGAAAUAUGGCAAAUAUGACUGGCGGACCAAAGCAUUUAGUUCAUGCAAUUCGACAAGCAUAUGAGAUGGCUAAAUCGAAUCAAUAUAUGUUGAAAACUGUUAGCCGAGAACUAUUUAGAAGAACUGAAGAUGCUCCGAAAACUACAGUCAGUCCAUCAAUCGCCGUGAACAAUUGUGAGUUAUUUUUUUUAAAGAAAAGUACAAAAAAUUUGAUUUUCAGUAAGUCUACCAGAAAUCAAUGUUGAUGCAACUGGAACUGUAUCAAUUCACGACGACAAAAAAUCAAUAUCUCUUCUAGAUGAAAAAUAUAAUGAAGACGAAUUGACAAGUGUUGAUCCACGAGAAGUCGGUCACAACAUCUAUAUUCUUGCACAUCAACUUGCAAUUCAUGACAGCGAAUUGGAAGUUUGGCUUGAUGGAAACGACGAGAAAAAAGAUAUUAUCACUCGUGAAGCUCUCAAUUAUUAUAAAGAUCGGACAGCUCAGAUUGAAAUCGUUCGAAGGGAUCGAACAUUGGAACGAGUCGUAUUUCCAAUCAAUGAUAUUUGCUCAUAUCUUACCAAAGAAACUAAAGAUCAUGUUUAUAACAAUACUGAACGGGAUAAUCAAGGAUCAAAAGUCACCGAGUUUUUCGAUCAUUGGGAAACAAUGUAUCAAGAAAUGAUUUGGCAGCGAAAACUUCAAGAUCGUCAAUGGUUAUCGUGGUGUGCCUUCCGGUUAAAUCUAUGGACUCGUUUAUCAUUUUAUUUUGCUUUUAUUGUCAAUGCUCUAGUCGCCUGCUAUUUUCCAUUCCCUGCUUCUCAUCGUAAGUUUCUCAAAAUUUUGAAUAAAUUCCAAGAUAUAUUUAAUUUUAGCCUCGAUCUCAUUCGGAAACUUCUAUUGUUGGAUCGCCGUUCUUGCCUCAAUCUUCAUUGUUCAUCAUCAACGAAAUGAAAAGUAAUCUAAACGCAGAUUUCAAAACAAAUAAUCAACGUUGUUUUUUCAGAACCUAUCUUCCAAAAUGUCUUCUCCUAUUUUUGGCCAGUUUAUGCUUCUUAUUAGUUAGUAUAGUCGGCCCGGUUCGAACAUUAUUCUUCUUCGAAAUUUGUCAAAUAGUCAACAAAAUAGUGCACAUUGUAGCUUUUGUUAGUAACAAAGGACUGGAAGAUAAAGAAUGGGAUGAACGGCUCAAAAAUACAAGUUUGCUAUAUAUUUUGAUUUAUUUAGCAAUUUGUUUAGCCGGAAUUUACAAGCCGCUCAUUUAUUGCUUCUUGGUAAGUUGUUUUUUAGAACGAGAUGAAUCAUUGACUUUUUUUUUACUUUCAGCUUCUUGAUAUUGUUGUUAGCGAGGAAACUUUGCAAAAUGUCAUCGCUUCUGUUACAAGAAAUUAUCAAUCGAUUGUUUGGACAGGAUUACUGGCGUUGAUUCUUUUGUAUUUGUUUUCGAUUGUUGGAUUCUUGUACUUCAGGGAAGGUGAGCGAGGGGAAAAGUAUUCGACAACAACACUAAUUUCAUUCACAGUUUGAAAAGAGCUAAAUUUUCCAUAUUUAAUUCCCAAAUCGUCAUUUUUUUUUAGAUUUCUUCUUGGAAAUCGACCCAAUCGAAGCCGAGCCAACAGUUUCCGUCCCUCCUGAUUUGGACAUCGACACAUGUCCUGCAACAGGUUGUCCAGUUCCAGAAACCGCAAUAAUUGAAAGUGAAGAAGACGAGAAAAAAGUAAAAUCGUGUGAAACUUUGUGGAUGUGCAUUUUACAAACAAUGUAUCUUGGAUUGAGAAAUGGCGGAGGAAUCGGAGAUGUUCUACGAAAUCCAGCACCAUGGGAAGAAUUAUUCGCAUGGCGGGUUGCUUAUGAUAUGACAUUCUUUGUUGUUUUAAUUGUCAUCGUUUUGAAUUUGAUUUUCGGAGUUAUCAUCGAUACAUUUGGAGAUUUGAGAGCAGAGAAAAAUGAAAACGAACAAGUUCUUCGAAAUAAUUGUUUCAUAUGUGGUUUAGAUCGUGGAAAAUUCGAUAAUCGUUCAGUUACUUUUGAAACACAUCGUGAAACUGAACAUAAUAUUUGGCACUACUUAUAUUAUAUUGUAAUGCUACAAAUCAAGGAUGAAACUGAUUUCACUGGCCCCGAAAGUUAUGUUGCACAAUGUGUAAAAGAUCGAAAUCUCGAUUGGUUUCCUCGAAUGCAAGCUUUAUCACUUCAAGACGCAGAUAUGGACAAUGAUCAACCAGAAGUUAAACAAAUGAAAGAUCAUAUGGAACAAAUGAUUUCAGUUAUUCGAGAAUUACAAAGUCAAGUCGAUGAAUUGAAACAAGCAGUUAUAGAAAAUCUUCGUUAG